AUGGCGCAGACCAAUGGGGAAAUGGAGCACUCGAAAGAGGAAACAGAGACUCCCCAGGAGCUGACGAAUGGAAACAAUCCCGAAAGUGCGGAGGAAGACCCCAACGCAGGCGGUCUCUUCCAGAUUUCCGUGAAGCUUCCUCAUGCGCCAUACAAGAUCCAGGUGAUGGUCUCGAGCCAAGAACAGGUUCAGGAUGUCCGUCAAUCCGUUGUUGAGCUGCCGGGAACCUUCCAGUACACGUGUUUCCAUCUGGAAUUCAACGGGAACCGCAUCAACGAUUUCGUCGAGCUGUCCGAGGUGCCGGAUCUGAAGGCGGACUCCGAGAUUGUGCUGGUGGAGGACCCCUACACUGAGAAGGAGGCCCGCAUGCAUGUUGUUCGGAUGAGGGAGCUGGUCGGUGCUGCGGCUGACCGGGUUGACAACCUCCACGGUAUCUCGGCAGGCUUGUCGCUGCACGACUCGAUCUCGGCGGAGGCAGAGAAUGCCAAUGCAUCGGAGAAGGAUCACUCGCUCUCCAAAUACGACUUGACAGGUGCCUCGCCACUCCAGACGAUCCUGCCUCAGCCCCAGGGUCCCCUUCCUAAGACGGUGAAAUCGAUCUCGCUGUCACCGUGGAACCCGGCCCCGUACCACCUUCGCCAGAAGGGCCACCUGCUCUAUCUCCAGGUCACCACCAACGAGGGGGAGCAGUUCCAGAUCACCUCUCACGUGUCCGGGUUCUUCGUCAACAAGUGCUCGAACAGCAAGUUCGACCCCUUCCCGAAGCCGAUGCCCAAGAAGGCCAACGCCCACUCGCUUCUUACCCUGAUCUCCCAGCUGUCGCCCUCGUUCAACACUGCUUUUGAGGCUCUGCAAGAGUCCAACAAUCAGAAGGAUCUCCUGACGACUUUCCCCUUCCAGAAUGCCAUCCCGAACAGCCCGUGGCUUGUUCCGUCGGCUUCUUCCAGCCUGAACGCCCACCAGCCCGACAUCACUCGAUCGCAGGAAAACUACUUGAUCUCUGGUGUCGACAACGCGGAGACCCUGCGUGACUGGAACGAGGAGUUCCAGACCACUCGUGAGCUGCCUCGGGAUACCGUGCAAGACCGUGUGUUCCGCGAACGGUUGACCUCCAAACUUUUCGCCGAUUAUAAUGAUGCUGCUGCUCGCGGAGCGGUGUUGGUUGCCCGGGGUGAAGUUGCCCCUCUGAACCCGACCGAGGCCCGCGAUGCCCAGAUCUUUGUCUACAAUAACAUCUUCUAUUCCUUCGGUGCGGACGGUGUUGGCACUUUCACCUCCGAGGGCGGUGAUGAGGCUGCCCGCGUGGCUGUGGGCAAGGACGUUUUGGGAAUCAAGGCAGUGAACCAGCUCGACAUCCAGGGGCUGUUCACCCCGGGUACCGUCGUGGUUGACUACCUGGGCAAGCGAAUUGUUGGCCAGAGCAUUGUCCCUGGUAUCUUCAAGCAGCGCGAGCCCGGCGAGCACCAAAUUGACUACGGUGGUGUUGAGGGCAAGGAGGUGGUGGCCACCCACCCUGACUUUGUGUCUGUCUUCGAGAAGCUGUCCAAGGCCUUCCGCAUCAAACAGCACCCUGUUUGGGACAGGGACGGCAAGCGUCACGACCUGGAAGGCAGUGUCGAAACAAAGGGUCUUCUCGGCACCGACGGAAGGAAGUACGUCCUGGACCUGUACCGUGUGGCUCCGCUGGAUGCCACAUGGCAGGAAGAGGAUGGUAGCGACGUCUACCCCCACAACAUGUCUGUUCUGCGGCAGGAGCUGAUCGAGACGUACUGGAGAACCCAGAUGAGCCAGUACGUCAAGGCCGAGGUGGAGCGUCGCCGUGCCUCCAAGGCCCAGGAGGCUCCUAAGGAGGGCAAGUCUGAGGAGGGCUCGGAACAAAAGAGCGAGGAAGCCGCGGACCAAGAGCGAGUUGACAUCUCUGGCUUCGACCUUGCCCUCAACCCGGAUGUUUUCAGCGGCCAGAUUCCCCAGACCAAGGAAGAGAAAGAGCAGUGGGCCCAGGAUGAAAAGGAAGCGCGCGACGCUUGCAAUUUCCUGCGGUCCAAGGUCAUUCCCGAUCUGAUCCAGGACCUGCACGAUGGCGACGUUGGCUUCCCUAUGGACGGCCAAUCGUUGACUCAGCUGCUGCACAAGCGCGGUAUCAACAUCCGCUACCUUGGCAAGCUGGCGCAGCUGUCGAGUGAGAAGGGCCCCCGGGUGCAGGCGCUGUCGACCCUUUUGGUUCAGGAAAUGAUCGCUCGUGCCUUCAAGCACGUUGCCAACCAAUACCUCCGUGAUGUCCCUGCUCCGUUUGUGACGUCGUGUGUUUCCCAUCUGCUGAACUGCCUCCUGGGUACUGGUGUCAACUCUGCUCCUCGCCCGGAGGUGGACGCUUCGCUGCGCGAUAUCUUCCCCGAGGGCGACUUCUCGUUUGAGAAGGUCACCCCGGAGUCUCUCCGCACCGAGAUUGAAAAGCAGGUCAGUAUCCGCUACCGGUACUCCCUGGAGAAGGGAUGGGUCAGCUCCCUGAGACAUCUGCAGCUUCUGCGCGAUAUCUCCAUCAAGCUGGGUCUUCAGCUGGGUGCUCGCGACUUUCCUUUCACCAAGGACCAGGCCAAGGACCAGACCCCUGCAGCCAAUGGAGCCAACGGUUCCGGCCAGGACGAGGGCAAGAAGAAGAAAAAGAAGGGCGGCGACACCAACUCUCCGAGUCGGGCGGCGGUGCAGGCAGAGCCCGCUACCUCCUUCACCUCUGAUGACAUUCUGAAUGUCGUGCCAUUGGUCAAGGACGCCUCUCCCCGUAGUGCCUUGGCCGAAGAGGCAUUGGAAGCAGGCCGGAUCUCGCUUAUGCAGAACCAAAAGCAGCUGGGCCAGGAGCUGAUUCUGGAAUCGCUGUCUCUGCACGAGCAGAUCUAUGGUAUCCUUCAUCCCGAGGUUGCUAAGCUCUACCACCAGCUCUCCAUGCUGUACUACCAGACUGAUGAGAAAGAGGCCGCUGUGGAGUUGGCACGCAAGGCUGUUAUUGUCACUGAGCGUACUUUGGGUGUGGACUCAUCCGACACUAUCCUGAGUUACCUCAACCUCAGUCUGUUUGAGCACGCUUCGGGCAACACCAAGACUGCUCUGGUAUAUAUCAAGCAUGCCAUGGAUCUUUGGAAGAUCAUUUAUGGCGCCAGCCACCCCGACUCUAUCACGACCAUGAACAACGCCGCCGUGAUGCUGCAGCACCUCAAGCUGUACUCUGAUUCUCGCAAGUGGUUCGAAGCUUCGCUGUCCGUCUGCGAGGACCUGUUCGGCAAACAGUCCAUCAACACUGCCACCAUCCUUUUCCAACUGGCCCAGGCAUUGGCUCUGGAUCAGGACUCCAAGGCUGCCGUCGGCAAGAUGCGCGAUGCUUAUAACAUCUUCCACGCUCAACUGGGUCCUGAGGACCGCAACACCAAGGAGGCCGAGACCUGGCUUGAGCAGCUCACGCAGAAUGCCGUUUCCAUUGCGAAGCACGCUAAGGACAUCCAGGCUCGCCGUCUGCGUCGCAUCAACAUGAACCCUCGUGUGUCGUCUCUGGGCACCCGCGUCCAGCCCCAAGUUGGCCAGACCGCGCCCGAGGUUGCGGGCACAGCCGGUGCUUCAGGUUCAAGCCUGGACUCCCGCAGUGUCGAUGAACUGCUGAAGUUCAUCGAGGGCGGCGACACCAACUCUUCUCGCUCGAAGCAGAAGAAGCGCACCACCACCAGCAACCCCAAGCUCCGGGGUUCAAAGCAGACGCCCAAGGCAUAG